AUGUUGUUGUUCGCCGCCACGUUCGAUGCCGGUGAUCAGUUCGUUGGCGUGGCGAUGAGAGCCACCGACAACACCACCGCUUCGUUCGCACUGUCCGAGGCCAGGGCUAGUUUGACCGGCAUCCCCUGCCCCAGGCGGCCUGGGCGACUUCACCUCCCCAACACCAUCGAAGUCAUCACGGUCGACGCCAACUGCGCUAUUCAGACUGAACACACCGCGCACACCCUCCAGGUCAUCAUCGCUGGCGGCAUUACCCAGUUCAACAUCGACUCCGAGAACAAGAAUGCCACCGCCACCUUGACCGACCGUGUUGACAUCUUUGACGUGGCCACCGGCAAGCGCACCACCUCCAAGCUGCCUAGCGGCGCCCGCGGCUACAUCACCGCCGUGGCGACCAAGGAUUUUGUGUUCUUCGCUGCGGGCCUGAAGAAGGCGGCCUACACAAUCAACGUCGACAUCAUCUAUCAGGACACCUCCAACGCGGUCGACGUCUACCACGUGAAGUCGGGCGAGUGGCGCAAGCUCACACUUGCCGGCGGAGCGAGCAUGUGGGCCACGGGCGCGACCCGGCUCGAUCUACGAGGGCGCCGAGCGCAGCUACACCGACCAGCUUGA